AUGCCUCUUCUUGAGAAAGAAUGGAAAGACCAGGUUAUGGCACAGACUAAGCCCUUGGCAAGACAGUCAAAGAAUAUUGCAAAUAAUGCUGUCAAAGAGAUAAUGGUUUUGUAUACUGCAAGGAAUGCAUUUGCAGGUGACUUGGGAGAGCUUGAUCAAAAGCUAAUUUCUGGUGACUAUGGAGAUGAUAUGUUGGUGGAAGAUGUCCUGUCAGCAUGUCUGGCUGUAGCAAAGAAGCAAAAGGCUAUAGAGGAUACCAUUAAAACAAAGAAGAAAAAGCUUGGUGUGAGGGAUCAAGCAAAUUUGAGGGAUCUGAUUGGCAAUAAAUUUCUUCAGUUAAUACUCAAUGCCAGAGCCCUCAAGCAAAGGCUUAGAGAUUAA